CCAGUGAAACGAUGAGCCUCUCUGCUAAAGACAAGAAGUUGGUGAAGGACUUUUGGGCCAAGAUUUCUCCUAAGGCCGAGGAGAUUGGCGAUGAAACUCUUUCCAGAAUGAUAGUGGUCUACCCUCAGACCAAGACGUACUUCUCUCACUGGAAAGACCUGUCCCCUGGCUCUCCAUCCGUGAAGGCGCAUGGCAAGAAGGUGAUGUCAGGGGUUAGCCUCGCUGUGAAGAACAUAGAUGACCUCUUAAAUGGCCUGCUCGUUCUCGGCGAGCUCCAUGCAUUUACGCUGAGGGUGGAUCCCGCUAACUUCAAGAUCCUCUUCCACAACUUCCUGGUGGUGCUGGCCAACAAGUUCCCCAAUGAAUUUGACCCUGAGCUGCACACUGCAAUGGACAAAUUCCUCGCCAAGGUUGCCCUGGCUCUGUCCGACAAAUAUCGCUAAACUGCAGUGAUUUGUAUCUUGACUAAAGACAUUUAAUGUCUAACAUGAAAUAAAAU